AUGACCGCCCUUCCACCUGUUCCCGUCUACCGGGCACAGCCUAUACGCAUUGCCUGUGUCCAGUUUGACCCUAAACUUGGCAAAGGUGUCGAGAACGCGGCAAAGGUCGAGUCGAUGACAGCUCGCCUUCAACCAGGCAUGCUCGACCUGCUCGUCCUCCCGGAAAUGGCUCUGUCGGGGUACAUGUUCACCACCCCGUCGGCCAUCCAGCCGCACCUCGAACACCCUACCACGGGCUUGACGGCGACGCUGGCGAAGAAGCUGGCCGCGAGGCUGCGGUGUCAUGUCGUGGCAGGCUAUCCCGAGGCGUUUAGCGACGACGAGCCCGUGGUCCCACCGCGCGCGUCCGCGUCCACGAGCACUGCCGACGACACGCCCAUCGUCACUGCCCCGCCCGCCGACCCGCCCGUCUUCGCCGAGAUCAACGGGACGGGAACUGGGACUGGGACCGACCCUUCCCUCCCUCCAGCACCACCGGCGAACGGCUCGCAUGCGAACGGCACCCACCUUCUCCCUCCUCCACCGUCCUUCCCUCCCAAGCGGCCCAACGGCCCCAGCCACCCGCUCACCGCCGCGCAGGUGGGCUACAACUCGGCCCUCAUCGCGUCGCCCGCAGGCGAGGUGGUGGGCAACUAUCGCAAGACGUUCCUCUUCGAGACGGACAAGAACUGGGCGCGCGAGGGCAGCGGGUUCAUGCACUGGGACCUGCCGGCGCCGCUGGGCCGCGUCGCUAUUGGAAUCUGCAUGGAUCUGAACCCCGAGGACUUUAUCUCUCCGUGGAACGCGUACGAGCUCGCGACAUACUGCGCCACCAACGCAGUGGACAUGCUCGUCGUCCCGAUGAACUGGCUCGACCCGCGAGAACAGGACUCUGACUCGGACUCGGACUCGGACUCAGACACCGACACCCAUUCGGACACCGGCUCUGACGGGGAGCGCGUGCCGCCGCGCGACCCCAACGCGCCGAGCAUCAACAACCUCAACUACUGGGCCGCGCGCCUGGCCCCCCUGCACGACCCGGCACCGACGUACGCCGCCGCCGCGCCCCCAGGCUACGACGGUGCAGGUGCAGGUGCAGGUGCAGGUGCGCCUUCUGCUUCUGCACCCCCGAAAGAAGUCGUGUUUGUCAGCUGUAACCGUGCGGGAACGGAGGGAGGGACGCUGUUUGCGGGUUCGAGCUGUGUCAUGACCAUGCGCAGCGAGCCCAAGGCUGUCGAACUUGUGGAGGUGUGUACGCGGUCCGAGGAGAGGGUCAUGCUCGCGAUUGUCACUUAG